AUGCCAGAAACUGCAAUCACUUCAGUUCUGCUGCUUUCGUCUCUCCUAGCCCUCACCACUGGCACCCAGGCUUCAAGUCCAGGGGACAGCGUUCAAGUCGCGGACUCGGACCUAUACCCUGCGGUGCCGUCCGACCUUGACACGAACCAAUGGGCACCAUACACGACUCUCGAACCUGUCGCGUCCACCCCGUCCAUAUCCACGCCCACGGCCACUGCUUCUGCAGACGAUAGUGUUCGUAUCCUGCCCGCCCUCGACGCCAAUGCCAUUCCCGAAAUCAAAGAACGUCAAGUCACGGGCCAGGGCACCGCAGCGGCAGCAACGGCGAUCAAGCAAGUCUCGCCCAUAACGACAUAUUACAUCGCCUCGGAAAUCUCCGGGUCCCAAGUCCAAGUGCCCGUAGUGUAUACGCAGACGUUCCCCGUGUCGUAUGUCCAGUGGGCGAGCCCGACUGCAGGCGAGAUUGGCUUGGGGACGAUCCAGGGAACGAUUGGGGUGGUGAGGACGGAUCGGAAGAGAAGUUUGCCCACGCAGGCACCGUUGGGCGAGUUGCCAGCCUUGGAGUCGGCGAGCGAACCGCCUGCUGCGGAAACAACGCAAAGUCUUGACGACCAGAGGGAAGAACAACAAGGACACCAGAAAAGUGACGAUGGCCACGCGUAUUCGUCGAAACUGAGCAAAGUCGGGUCCUCGAUUCAGCAUGAAUUGGCGGAAUGGUUGAAGUUUGCAAAGCAGCAGAAGGACAAGGCUGAGAAAGAGGUAAAGAAGCCAUGUGCAAAGUGCGGCAUGGAUACCGACGAAGACGCUGUGUCAAAUGACGCUCACAUCCUCAAGGCGGGAACGGUGGCCGCCCUCGCUGUUGGCGUUGCGACUUUGGGUCUGGCUUAUCUGUGA